AUGAAGGCUUCUAUGGUCAUCCUUACCGUCUUUGCUGCCAUGAUUGCGGCCACCCCUGUGCCGCAGCCGGAGCCGCAGUGUGCCGGUUGCGAACCUUCAGGCAAGGGGGCGUCUGAAGCUGGCGCCAAUGCCAGCAACAAUGGCACGAACACCAAUGACAACAAUGCUACCAGUGGUAGUGACAGUAGCAACAACAACACCAACACCAACAACAACAACGUAAGUGUUGGUAUUACCAACCCUGGGGGCAGCAACGGUGGUGGCAACGGUAACGGCAAUGGCGGUGGCAGCGGCGAUACUGAGCCCAAGGGCUCCUGCAAGGCCUGCAUUGACUUCUGCACUGGACGUGGCGAUCUCAUCGACGGUCUCUGCAAGGCUGUUGUUUGCGGUAUUGAUUGUAUCGUUAUUUGA